CACCACUAUCCACACCACGGGGAUCUUUGGGCCCUUGCAAUACAUUUCUCGGAGCUUGUGCUCUUUGCGGGCUUUGUGCCUAUCUUUCAUCUAUCUUUGCCUCACGCAAGGGCGGGCCUGGUCUUUUGCACCUCGCCUCACAUCAGGAUAUUACGGCACCUCAUCACAUCACUUCAUUACCCGCUGGCUUUUCUGACAGCUCUCUCGACUUUUGGCUCCGGUUCCCAUAUCUUGAAACUGCUCGUCUGUUCGAUCAACUAUCCUAUACUGGUGGAAAGUGAUCAGUCCUUCAUCUUUGCGAACACUCGUGCCACGAUCAUGUCGGGUAAAAAUAUCUUUGCAGAGGAGUUCAAAGGCGUGGACCCGGAAUAUUUGCGAAUUCUGCCACAGGAGUUUCGCCUCACCUCCGAACACAGAAAAGCUAUGCCAUUUUUCUGGUUCAGCUGGAUCAAAUCCUUACCUCCGGAGAGACGGAAGGUCUUAGAGUCAGAUGAGACGCAAUUUUUCAUUUACCUUCUGUGCUUAUUAAGCGACGAUUAUUCUGAAACAUAUUCCGAAGUCGUGGUAUACUUCGACUACUUGAAGGAUUAUGAUAAGGAUACCCGCAAAAACUACCUUGUAGACGAAGAUCUACCCGGGAUACCGAAUAUUGGAUGA